ACUCUGUGGUGUAAAGGUUGUAAACACAGAACACAACAUAACCUCUAUUUUCGUCGAAUCUUGUGGUCUAUUUUGAAGUUAAAAUAUCAUAAAACAUGAUUUUAAAUUAAUAUCCUUAAGUUGUUUCUUUACUGAGAAGCUACGGAUUAAUUUACCGUACACUGCUACUUAAUUUUUGAUAGAAAAAUGUCACAUCAGAUGGGAAGAGUUGUUUCGGCAAUUUUGGAAAGACAUUUUGGUGAAAUUGUGCAGAAAGUGGGUGAUGACUUAUUUAGUUAUGGCGGUAGGCCCAUCGGCAUGCUUGUGAGGCAUACAGGACUUCCUCGAAACCAGGUUGUGGACAGUCUUCGCACACUACUCAAAUUUGACUUGGCAACAUUUGAACCAUACAAUGAAGUGGUUGUAGACUACAAGCUGCUACCUGAAAAUGUUCUCCUAAUGAUUAGAUAUCCCAGAUACCUGCUACAAAUGAAGAGCAAGUAUGGGAGUGAGGCAGAGAUGCUGGUUGAGGAGUUGCUGCAGCAAGCCACCUGCACAGCCACUACUCUACUCUUCAAUAUAGCUACAAAGUUCAAGGAUGAUAAGGAAAAAAGCAUAACAAUAUUAGGUCUAAAGGAUAUGUUCAUAAGUUUGGUGACUGCGGGCUACAUUCAGCAAGCUCCAGUAGCUGAGCUGAAGGAAGGUAGUGAGAUCCCCACUCUGAUACCUGUCGCCACCAUCGUACCAGAUCUGGACAGCAGAGCUUUGUUGCAAGCCAUGAAUAAUGGACACAUUAAUGAUAUUAAAGAUAAUAUUUAUUGGAGAGUGAACUAUGACAGAUUCCACCUUGACUUCAGAGACGAGAUCAUGAUCAAAGCUAUCACAAGAAGAAUUGAUGAAAAUGCCGGAGAAUUGAUGAGAUUUUUACUAGAGAAGAUGUACCUAACGUCAGCUCCGUGGGCGCCGGAGUCGAGUCCUCUAUGCGCCGUGGAGCUCCGCGAGAGGUGCAGGAGCGCCGCCACUGACAAACCACUGCUGCACCAGUUCGUAGACCAGUAUCUUAAAGUAUUAGAGGAGAAUGGCGGUGGCUUCGUCCGUCGCGUGGGCGACGCGGGCAGCGGUCAGUUCGCGGUCCGCUCGCGGCACGCCGCGCUGCAGCUCGUCCUGUGCGCGCUCGAGCACUGCGUCACCGAGAGACUCGGCUCCAAGGCCGCGCGGAUAUUUAGAUCUAGUAAUCUGGAACGCCUCAUAGUGACUGGUAAAGUAGAAGGAAAGACACUGAGAGGCCGUCCCAUACGGUGGUCUAACCAUAUAUCUAAGGAGCUGGAGAAACCCAUGAAUGUUGCAAUGCACGAAGCAACGGAACAUGAUGAGUUAAUAUACACUAAGAAGUACAUAGAAGAGGAUGACAUACAGAAGAAUGCUAUGUUGGUGAACAAGGAAUGCAAGCAGCUCACAUACAAACUGAUGGAGGAACACUUCAUUAGUGUACAGCCAAUGAGAAAACCAGCUUCAGCAGGCGGUCUGGCGAAAGCGAUAUAUUUAUACCAUGUCAAAUUACACAAUGUGGCGUAUACAGGCUUGGAGAUGUGUUACCGUUCCCUGCACAACGUACUCCGUCGCGCCGCCCACGAGCGCAGUGCGCAUGCGCGGCUGGUGGACAAGCAGCGCCGCGUGCGCACCAUAGUGCACGGCAUGCGACUGCGCGGGGAGCCGCAGCGGAAUAUUGAUGAUGUGGAAGAAACUUUAACACCCCCUGAGCUGGCCGUACUACAGGGUGUUGAAAAGAGGUUGAAACAGCUGAGCACAGCGGAAUUAGAGUUAGAUAGAAAUCUCUUUAUAUUCAAAUGGUAUUUUAUGUAUCCAUACGUUGAAUAAUUUUAUAGUUAUCUCAGCCAAAGACUGCUAAAUAUAUCUAUCAAUUCAUAAAUUAUAAUGGCUGCUUAUGUCUUGACGACUGCUUUUUUGUAGAGGGAAGACUAUACUUGUUAAAAGUGGUUCAUUUCUGUUUUAUGAUUUUUGUAUUUUUCUUUGGUUAAUGUGAUUUGCUUGGUAUUCUAGAA